AUGCCCAGGACUCCCAAGCCGAAGGCGAAUGCCUCUCAGCAAAAGCCUUAUGCGAAGGGGACUUCGUCCGCGCGAUACUUCGAUAGCAAGGAUGCCGGGUAUGCGAGGGGAUCGAGGGAAGACCCUACUGAGAAGGCCCUGAAGCAGCUGUUUGACUCGCUGUCAGGUGGUGCGAAUGAGCUGGGGCUCGAGCAGAUAGCAGGCUAUGCUGAUGCCCUCGGCAUCGACGCGAACUCCUUCGAGCUAUUUGUCCUGACCGACCUCGUCAAGGUCGAGUCCAUGGGCCAGAUCACCCGCGAUGGUUUCGUCAACGGUUGGAAGCAAUUCUACGAGUCCAACCGCCGCGUCACCCCAUCUCUCGAAUCCCAAAAGCAGCACAUCCGUGGCUGCAUCGACCAGUGUCGCUCUAAUCCAGAAUACUUCAAAAAAGUCUACCGCAGCGCCUUUCUUGCUGGCAAAGAAGCCGGAAAGCGCGAGAUGGAAAUCCCGAUCGCCUUCACCUACUGGGAGCUGCUCUUCGAGCCGACGCUGCGCGGUUGGCGUUCGACGCACGUCGAUUUCUUCACGCACUGGAAGGAGUUUCUGCGGCAGCGCUUCCGCAGCGAGGAGAAGGCGCGCAAGGACGCCGAGAAGAGGCAUGCGGUAGACCCGGACGAGCCGCUUGAGGUGCUGGAGACGGAUGGUUGGACAAGGACGAUCAGUAAGGAUUUGUGGAAUCAGACAUUGUUGUUUGCGUAUAAGACGCUUGAGGACGAGACCUUGGGGUUCUGGUCGGAGGAGCAGGCCUGGCCGGGGUUGAUUGAUGAUUUCGUUGUGUGGUGCAAGAAGAACGGGGUUGUGAAGGGGGAUGGAAUGGAUGUAGAUAACUAG